CCCUCGUUUCUCCGUCCGAAAACACACAGAGAGAGGGAUAGGGAGAGGGAGAGAGAGAAGCGUAGGAGAAAAACCGUCGAAGGAAUUUCCUCGAUCGCCAUUAAAACCAGAGGAAAGAAUCACAGCCGUUGAAGUCCUUGAAUCCGACGCUUAUCAGUCGCCAUAAAAACCCUAGAGACUGGAGGUGGCAAAGGUAAAAAGGAUCUAUGGCGGGAGACGAUGCAGGAAAAUGUUUGGAUGGUCAGACGAUUCCGAUGGGGACGGAGAAUAGUGAGAAUGGCCCAGAAGCUAGGGUUAUUCCUCCCUGUUGCCUGAAGGCAAUGGCUUCUGCACCUGAGCUUGAGGCGAAAUGCCACAUGACCGUUGUUUCUGGGUGGUUCUCAGAACCUCAGUCAUGCUCUGAUGGAGCCCGCAAGGUCCUUUACUACAACAACCCCAUGUGGCCUGGAGAGGCGCAUUCUCUGAAGGUGGAGAACAUUUUAUACAAGGGAAAGUCAGAGUACCAAGAGAUUUUAGUUUUUGAGUCUUCGACAUAUGGGAAAGUGCUUGUGCUUGAUGGGAUUGUUCAAUUGACUGAGAAAGAUGAAUGUGCCUACCAAGAGAUGAUUGCCCAUCUUCCCCUCUGUUCAAUUCCAUCCCCGAAAACUGUUCUUGUUGUAGGAGGCGGUGACGGUGGUGUUCUUAGGGAAAUCUCUCGUCAUAGCUCUGUAGAGAUCAUUGAUAUCUGUGAAAUAGAUAAAUUGGUCAUAGAUGUGAGUAAGAAGUAUUUUCCAGAUUUAUAUGUUGGGUUUGAGGAUCCUCGCGUGCGACUUCAUGUUGGUGAUGCGGCUGAGUUUCUACGAAAUGCACCUGAGGGGAUGUAUGAUGCAAUUAUUGUGGAUUCAUCUGAUCCAGUGGGUCCAGCUCAAGAACUGGUUGAGAAGCCAUUCUUUGAGACAACUGCAAGGGCAUUAAGACCAGGUGGUGUUCUUUGCAGUAUGGCGGAAAGUAUGUGGCUCCAUACACAUCUUAUUCAAGAUAUGCUUUGUAUUUGCCGUGAAACAUUCAAGGGCUCUGUCCACUAUGCUUGGGCAAGUGUUCCUACAUAUCCGAGUGGUGUCAUUGGCUUUUUGGUAUGCUCGACGGAUGGGCCCCCUGUUGAUUUUUUGAAUCCUAUAAAUCCUAUUGAAAAGCUAGACGGAGCACUUAAAUUCAAGAGGGAACUCAGAUUCUACAAUUCAGAGAUCCAUGCGGCUGCCUUUGCUUUGCCAUCUUUUGCAAAGAGAGAGCUGAGUGCAUUGAAUGAUCAGUAAUUCUUCGUCAGUUGUAGGAAGGCUUGUCUCCAAUUUGUAGCUAAUCCGAUCGUUUGGAUAUUUUAUUGUAAUGGGUAUAAAUGGAAACUCCUCCAUGGGGGGAAUAUUUGACUGUGUGAUGAUUACUCCCGUUUAGUUGCUGAUGUGAUUAUAUCCU